AAUGUUUUUAGAAGCUGGGAAACAUGUCCUUGUUGAGUACCCCAUGGCUUUGUCUGCUAAGGCAGCCCAUGAGCUCUGGGAGAUGGCUGAGCAGAAAGAUAAAGUCCUCCAUGUGGAACACAUUGAACUUUUGACUGAAGAGUACAAGCAGCUGAAAAAAGAGGUGGCUGGGAAAGACCUGGUGAAGGGAACAUUGCAUUUCACAGGUAGUGUCCUCGAUGAAAACAAAACAGGAUUCCCAGCUUUCAGUGGAAUUGCCCGACUGACUUGGCUGAUUGACCUCUUUGGAGAUCUCACUGUUACCUCUGCCACCAGAGAAAAGCAAAAGGAUAAGAAUUAUUCCAGAAUGACUGUUCACUUACAGACGACAAACAAGAAACCUCUGACUUGGAUUGAAGAAAGGGGACCAGGGAUGAGACGUGAAAAGAAAAUCAACUUCUGUUUCACAAGUGGUUGCCUGGAGAACUUCCCUCAAGCCCCAAGGUCUGGUGUGGGCCUUUUCAUGCAGGAUCAGAACCUCUUUGCCAAAAAACUGCUGGGCCAGGUAUCCAAGGAGGAGCUGGCUGCUGAGAAAUGGCGAAUUUUGCGGUGUCUUGACCUUGCCGAGGUGAUCCAACAGCACUGUGAACAGACAGAGAAAAUCUGUUCCUGAGACUGCUCUUAGGGAAGGAGGAACAUGGCGGACAGGAAAGCUGUAGGGCUGGAGCUCACUGUUGCCAUCAAGCAGUUGCUAUUUCUGUAUCAUUGCCUUCUUUCUGACUAGUUGCGAUUCCUAGGCUCUCCAGAUGGGCUGGAGAGCCUGGGCUAUACUCCAUGCCUUCUGGU